GCCGUGUGUCCCCAUAUGACUUGGCCAUGACGUCCCUCCUGCCUGAAUGCUUGCUGUAGCGUUAGUUUAUCGAUCAACUGGUUUAUCACGAUCUCUGUUUCCCACAUCUACCGCUGUGGAGGACGCGCUGCUCGCUCUACAGCAUUUUUUAACUGAGCAUUCAGGAUCCUCCUGACCCUUGAGAUCAGAGGUCAAAAAGCCAUGGGAACCAGGAGGGUGUUGGUGACUGGGUGCUCCUCUGGCAUUGGCUUAGCUGUGGCUGCACGGCUGGCUAAAGAUGAGUUUAAACGGUUCAAAGUGGUUGCCACAAUGAGGGAUCUUGGGAAACGGGGGCCUUUGGAACAAGCAGCUGGUGAUUCCUUAAAUAAAACCUUGGAAAUCAAACAGUUAGAUGCCUGUUGUGAAGACUCCAUCAGAGAGUGUGUCAACAGCCUGCCAGACAGAAGGGUGGAUAUUCUUGUGAAUAAUGCAGGCACUGGCAUGAUUGGACCGCUGGAGUGCCAAAGUAUCGUCGACAUGAAGGAGCUCUUUGACACAAACUUCUUCGGGCUGGCACGGCUGGUGAAAGAGGUGCUGCCUGACAUGAAGCGACGGAAGAGCGGGCAUAUUGUGGUGAUGAGUAGCGUCAUGGGAAUACAGGGGCUUCUGUUCAAUGAUGUCUACUCUGCCUCCAAAUUUGCUGUGGAAGGAUUUUGUGAAAGUCUGGCAGUGCAAGCAUUGAAGUUUAACAUCAAGACAACUCUAGUGGAACCUGGCCCAGUGGUGACAGAGUUUGAAAGGAAAGUGUAUGAAGAUGCAGAGAAGAUGGAUCUAUCAGGAACAGACGAGGAGACCGCCAAAAUCUUCCGUGAAGUUUACCUCCCAUACUCAAGAAAGGUCUUUGCCUCGUUAGGCCAGACACCAGAAGAAGUGGCCGAGCAAACAGUUGAAGUGAUCACAGCCAAGCAGCCUCCUCUGCGCCACCAGACCAACCGCCUGUACAUGCCCAUGACUGCACUGAAACAUGCAGAUCCAACAGGUCGCCUGCCUCUGGACACCUUUUAUAAGAUGAUCUUUAAACAUGACAGCGUGUUCAAUGCUACUCUAGGGGUGCUGCGCAUGCUGCAGAAGAGGGUAGGGAAGAAAUAAAGAUUUGACUGUCGAGUUGCACAGACCAUAAAUGUUACGCUUAAGGAGUCAGUGAUUGACUGUAGUGUAGUAUAUACAUCUUGUUGUCACUGUAUAAUAUCCAGCUGUAAGGUGACAGAAGUUUCCCUCUGAGGAGCUUGGAUCGGGGGCCACUGGAUGUUGUCUGUCUGUUAUCUGUGUGAGACAGCAACUACAAAAAUAGUAAUGAUUCCUCGUGUACUGUGUAUAUGCACCUGACAUGUAUUGACUUUAUAUCUUGCUGUGCAAUAUUUUAAACUUUUAAACUUUCUCCAGAUAUUUACAGGUAAAUACUGUAUAGUAACAGAAAUGUGAAACAUAACCACUCUUUGAUUUUUUGCUCUCAUGAAGUAACAAUAUUAUAUGUUUGACUGUUAAAUUUUAAGGAAAAUAAGAGCAUGAUAAUAAAACCAAUACAGAAAUGAUA